CUCACAGCAGAGAGAUCAUAUCCGACCCCUUUUGCCAACUCUACACUUCUUUCCAUGUUGCUGUUAAGUCUUAUGAAACAAAAGCAUACACCUGACACAGCUACAACAAUAAGUACUGAGUAUGAUUACGUCAUAGUGGGGGCUGGAUCUGCAGGAUCAGUGCUAGCUAGCCGGCUGUCAGAAGUACCGUGCGUGACUGUACUCUUACUGGAGGCUGGAAAACCACCGCCCUAUCUGACUGAAGUGCCCUCACUAAGUAGGUCUUUUUGGUUUACAGACAUAGAUUGGGCAUACCGAACUGUUCCUCAAAAGUAAACAGG